UCUGUUUUAAAAUGCGCACAAUAUAAAACGUUGAACGCGACUUGCCAAGUCAUGCGCAAACUGUUGUCAAAAUCCACCCCUUUUAUCUCCGUUCAUUGACGCUAUUGGAUACGGCAGUUGUCAAUCAAAACCUUUCACCCAAUACUCUCUCAGCCUCGCGUGGAUACAGGAAAUGCCGGAAAAACUUGGUUUGACACCAAUGAGCAGCCAUGCUAUGGAGGGGACAUGAAGUGGAAUUAAGGACAGAUUGAAGGUAGGAACCAGGAAGACAGAGCUGCAGACUUUGGAUAUAUUUCGGAACAGGAAGGAAAGUAAUCAAGCAUGGAGCUAAUGAAGGGAGCUGUGUUCUUUCUGAUUGCUGUUUACGUGUCAGCACCGCUCGUGCUCUACAUGCUCCCUUGGACUUUGGGAUACGCCAUAUUUGCUCACCUGCUGAGAAUUCCAUUGUUUGUGGAUUUUAGCCACCCGGAAAAAACACUGAACCACACAUGCAACUUCUACCUCAAUCCUGAGGACGGCAUCACCGUGGGCGUUUGGCAUACGCUACCUGCCAGCCAAUGGGGCGAGGCCGCUGGUAGAAGCCUGGAGUGGUACCGGGAAGCUCUUGGAGACGGAAGCCCUGUGAUGAUUUAUCUCCAUGGUAACGUGGGGAACAGGGCCAAAGAUCACCGUGUGCAGCUGGUGAAGAUUCUAAGCCGAGCAGGCUUCCACAUCCUGUCUUUGGACUACAGAGGAUUUGGGGACUCCACGGGUGAACCCAGCGAAAGCGGCCUGACCACGGACGCCGUCUACCUGUACGAGUGGGUGAAGCGGCACAGCGGGGGGUCCCUGGUGUACGUGUGGGGGCACUCCCUGGGAUCCGGGGUUGCCACCAACGCCGCGGUGAAGGUGCAAGAACGAGGGUCCGGUGUGGACGCCUUGAUCCUCGAGGCUCCGUUCACGAGAAUAGGAGAAGUUGUUGCCGUUUAUCCGCUGAGUAAGCUCUACACCUUCAUUCCAGGCUUUGAGGACUUCCUGUGGGACACUUUGGAGGCAAAUAACCUGCUUUUUGCUAACGAUGACAACGUGAAGGCGCUCACCUGCCCACUGCUCAUUCUGCACUCCGAGGAUGACGACGUGGUCCCGUAUCACAUGGGUCAGAAGUUGUACCAGGUGUCCCUGAGGGCGCGCCGCCGGGACGACGCCCGCACUAAAUUCAUCUCCUACGAAGCGAGUCGUGGAUUCUCCCACUGUGACAUCUACUUGGACCCCAACCUGGCCAAAUCCGUGGGGGACUUUCUGACAAACCUUCCUGGCUAGCGUGCCGAUCAUACAGUACGUCCACGCCUCAUCGUCAUGGAACAUUUUACCGUAUGUCACCACAAUGACCUGCACUUUGUGUACAUAAUAUUGUAUUGUAUGUCACAGAAACAUGCAUACAAAAAAAACAUGCUACACUGAAACUUUAAUGUUACCACUGGCAGGAAGCAAAUGAAGCAGAACUACAGUACUACUGUAGUACUGUAGUACUUGAGUAUUGUGUUGUUUUUGUGGACUCCUAUGAGUCCCGUGUGAGCGAAUGUUUAGGGAAUGCACAAGGAAAAUGUAACAGGCAAAAGUAGACGUGCUUUGUUGAUUAAAAAAAACGUAAACAUAACGUGUGUUACU